CAUUUUUAUUAUUCUCGGUGAAGAUAAACCAACGAUCGUCACAAGAGCAGAAUGGGGUGCGAAAGAAGCACACGAAGUUCCAAGAAACCUCUCGCAGAAACCGGUGCCUUUUGUGAUCAUUCGUCAAUCGGGUACUCCAAGAUGUGAUUUUCAAGAUGGAUGCAAAGCUGAAAUGAGAGAUAUACAGAAAUUCGACUUGGACACCCGUAAAAUUAUCGACAUACGUUAUAACUUUUGUAUCGGUGGAGAUGGCAAUGUUUACGAAGCACGUGGAUGGGACGCCGCUGGAGCUCAUGCAGAAGGUUGGAACGAUAGAAGUAUCGCAAUCUGCAUGAUAGGGAAAUUCAAAAGUCAUCCACCACGACAAACAGCUAUCAACGCCCUCAAGAACCUCAUAGCUUGGGGUAUUUCUUUGAAAAAAAUAAGUCCGUCGUACAAGAUGUACACAUACAAUCAAGUCAUCAGUAGCGAGGACUCGGAGCGUGAGGAACUAACUGAUGCGAUCAAAGCUUUGCCGCACGGGGGCCCGUUUAAAUACUCGAUUUAAAAAAUAAUGAUAGAGAUGAUCGUUGAAGGAGUUCAGGGAGUCUGGAGCAUGAAGAAAAAAUUGGAGUUAUUUUUUUUACAUCAAUUAAAUUUAUUUUUUAAUACUAAUAAAACGGAAUUAUCAUAUGAUGUUUUGUUGAAAAGUCACUU